GCUUCGUUUCUGGCCAACAGCUGAUCCGAAUUGGCCAGAUGUUGGGCUGCCUUUGGCCCGCUGAUUCAGUUGUGCCGCACAGGUUAACGCGAGCGGUUCUUGUGUCGCAACAUUCGGAAACCAAAACUACAGGCGCUGCUUUUGGAUUAUUUAUGAUUUUUUGUGCUGUGACAAAUGCGAUUUAUUUGCGGACAAAAGUGGUUUUUGGCAAUCAGCUGGUAUUGUUCUGUGAGAGCCAUACGUUCUGGCUACCAAAUAGUGCAUAAAAUAAAAUAAAACAAAAUACGUUAACGUUUACUGGUAAAUAAAGUAUCUGAAGUCAAACAUUUGGGUCCCCUGGCAACACUUGCAUUUUCCCUCACGACCAAUCGCCCAAUAUAACUCCCGGCUGACACACAUUUGAUGAGAACAAACAGCAAACUUAAAAAAAUCAACCGAAAAUAAUGUCAACGAAAUCAAUGGCAGCCCACGGCAGCUGCAACAUGUUGCUGCUGUGUCUUCUGCUCCUGCUGCCGUCGGUCUCCCCCGUCCGCUUGCCCAAAAGCAGCAGCAACAAUGUAACAGCAGCAACAACAGCAGCGACCGCAUCAACCGAAUCAACCGCAACAGCAGCAACAACUGCUGCAAUCCGCAAUGCCAAUGCCAAGGCUGGUAGCAAAUAUGAGAUACGCGGCGUUGCCGGUGAACCAAAUUACAAAUCGGUGAAUCUGACCUGGGAAGUUGAAUUCGUGCCGUCGGCCCAUGACACAGAUUCGAGCCCCAACUCCAGCUCCAGAGCGGACCAGGUGAACGCGACAAAUAUGAGCGGCGAUGUGGAACCGCCCCGGGAUCUGGCAUUCCAGAUAUUCUACUGCGAGAUGCAGAACUACGGCCCACAGCGGUGUCGCGUCAAAUUGGUGAAUGGCACCACCGCCGAGGUGUCCCAGGAGGAGAACGAGAAGGCGACGGAUCAGCAGGAGGAGCACGAACCCUCAGGCUCCCAGGUGCACCACUUUGCUGCUGCUGUGGACAACUUGCGCAUGGCCACCAAAUACAGUUUCCACGUUCGUCCGGCGGCUCAAAAGCGCCUCCAGGCGGGCGGAACUCGCAGCUCCAAUGCCCGGGCUGACUUCCACGAUGAGAAUGAGAUCGAGAGUGGAUCCGGACACCUGGCGGGCCAGAGCAUCGUCAUACCCACCAAGGGCUUCACCGCACAUGCCACCCAGUGUUUGCCGCAUGCCUCAGAGAUCGAGGUGGAGACGGGUCCGUACUUCGGAGGACGCAUCGUCGUGGAUGGAGGAAACUGUGGGAUCAAGGGCGAUGCCAGCGAUGCGGCGGACAAGUACACGAUGAGGAUCGAUCACAAAGAGUGUGGAAGCUUGGUGAAACCGGAGACCAACACGGUGGAGACCUUCAUCACGGUGCAGGAAAACCUUGGCAUAUUUACCCACAGCACAAGACGCUUUGUGGUGGUCUGCAGCUACCACUCGGGCAUGCAGACGGUCCGCGCAAGCUUCACUGUACCCGGUAAGAACGGGGUGGCCGCCGCCUACGAGCCCAACGACCCCUUUGAGCCAGACGAGGAUCAGCGACUGGGCAGGGAACUCCGACAGAUGCGCUACGUCAACAAGACGGAGCUGGUGCUUCGCGAAUCGGACUCCCAGCGGGACUCCCAAUCCGAUUCGGAGUCCGUGGAACAGGCUGCGGUGGUGGAGCAGGCCCCGACGCCCACCACCGAGCAGGCUUCUCAGCCCAGAGGUCAGGGCAGAGCUCUGAACCUCAACGAGGUCAACAGCUUGGCGGAUGAGCCGGCGGAGGAACAUCACUUGGAGCCUGUGGUGGGCACCAAGUACGCCAAACUGGUUGUCGACCAGAGCCACAGCUCCUGGAUGCCGUUGGAGGUGGGCUCGCCACCAGGUGGUAGCGACGAGAAUGAAGCCGUUCUGCGUUAUAUUGGCUCCCAUCUGAGCAGCGUGCUGGUAACCGUCUCGCUAUCUGUGAUAAUCAUCAGCAUUUGCAUCGUUCUGCUGCAGCGCCAGCGGAUCCGCUCGCCGCCCCGCAGCCCCUCCCCCUGCCUGGCCGCCCACCUGCCGCACAAGACGCUGCCGCGUGCUCUGCAGCAGCAGCAGUACCAGUGCACCUUGUAGGUGCCCCUGUCCCAGCUCCACCGACUGCCCCGCCGCGUCCUCCGCCUUCCUCCGCCAGCUACUCAGCUAUGCCCACUUGUCUUGCUGAAUGUCAAAGUUUUGAGAGAAAGAAAACUGCAUUUAGCUGAAGAUGACUGCGCAUAGCCACGCCCCCAGCCCCAUCCGACCCCUGGAUUCCGAAUGAAGCCCCAUCAUCCACCAGUGGGUUAAGCAUCCUCCGAUUUACAUAAUUAUAAGCUCGACUCGGCUCUGGCCAAGCUUUAACUGCGAUCGCGAGGAGGACGAGCGGGCAUGGCACUUCUCAUAGAGCGAGAUUAGUCUGUAGACUCCUAGAUGUAAGAUUUUGUAUAAAUUAUUUAUGCCCCGAGAAUACAUACAUAUUAUAGCUACUAAA